CAUCCACCUCGUUUCAAAAUCUCGCCCCCAAAUUCCUUCCCUUCGAAGGCGAAGAACCCCCAUCAAUUCGCACGCCCCCCAAUCCAUUUGAAACCGCCACCGGCGCCGGCGGAGGAGGCGGAGGCGAUGGAGGUGGGGGACCUGCACAAGGUGUGGGAGAUCCGCGCGCUCAAGAGGAAGCCCGACGAGCCCGCCGCCCGCGCGCUCCUCGACCGCGUCGCCAAGCAGGUGCAGCCCAUAAUGCGCCGCCGCAAGUGGCGCGUCAAGGUCCUCUCCGAGUUCUCGCCGAAGAACCCGAGGCUGCUGGGGCUCAACGUCGGCGGGGGCGUCGAGGUGAAGCUGCGGUUGCGGCCCGCGGGCCGGGAUCACGACUUCAUCCCCUACGAGGAGGUGCUCGACACCAUGCUCCACGAGCUCUGCCACAUCGUGCGCGGGCCCCACGACGCGCAGUUUUACAAGCUCUGGGAUGAGCUCCGCAAGGAAUGUGAAGAACUUGUUUCCAAGGGUAUCACUGGAUCAGGACAAGGAUUUGAUGGUACAGGUAGGCGGUUAGGUGGGUUUACAGUACAUCCACCACCACCAUCUUUAAGGCAAGCAACAUUAGCUGCAGCACAGAAACGGGCAAGGAAUGGAGCUCUUUUGCCAUCCGGUCCUAGAAAGCUCGGUGGAAAUAAUGAUAUUAUGAGUGCUCUUAGUCCAGUACAAGCUGCUGCCAUGGCUGCUGAAAGGAGAAUGCAUGAUGAUUUGUGGUGCGGAUCACAUGAUCAAUCUGGCAUUGAUGACUCAGAAGACGUUGUUAUUCUUGAGGGUCCUCCUAACUUGCCAACACAGCUUGGGGAAAGCACAAAGAAUGGCUUUUCCAGCAGUUCUGUGCAGCCCAGUACUUCUUCAGGAUUUCCCACAGAAGCACAGAGUGGAUCCUCUUCUUGUAGGAUAACAACUGAUGCAGGAGAUAGUUCUCUAUGGGAGUGUGUUGCUUGCACACUUUUAAAUAAGGCUCUGGCACCAAUCUGUGAAAUUUGUGGCACAGCUAAACCUAAAAUUGCAAAGGCCAAAUAUGCAACCUGGUGCUGUAAAUUUUGUACUCUAGAAAACAGUACUAAGAUUGACAAAUGUUCAGCAUGUGAUCAUUGGAGAUACUCAUAUGGACCACCUGUAGCCACAAGUGUAAGAUAUGAUUGAUCCAUCGUUGAAGGUUGCAUUAAUAUGGACUAAGGAUUUUGACCACCCGUCUGCUGAACUGUGGAUAUAUAGAUUCCUUCCCAUCUGCCAUUCAUUGUUGCCCCACUGUGUUUCAGUCUCUGAAGCUGCAUAACGAAUAUGAUGUACAACUUAUACUAUCUAAGGCACUCCCUCCGUGGAUCGCAGCGUGUAUAGAGAGAACCACCUAUUGGCAACAUCUAACAUAUCCCAAGCCCAUUCAGGAAAGGCUAACGCUUGGAGCCUUAAACCAUUUGCGAAUCUGGAUUCACCUGAAGCAUGACCAUGCAUACCUAGCUGAACCUAGCACGCGGUACGGUUUGCCUCUGAACUUCAGCAACACAAUAGUCCUUGCUGCAUUGUCCAUUGCAAAUUUGUGACGGUGUUUCCAGAUGCUAAUAGCUUGUUUGGAAUUUUUGUGCAAGGGGUUUAAGAGUUUAGAGCAGGGAGCUGAAUUGGUGCUGGGAUAAGUCACAUGAGUUUUGAUUUUAAUUCCUAAUCUUGUGUGUGGCAAGUUUGGCUAAAGAAACGGGUCACGGGAUGAUUUGGCUGGAAUUAGAAUUUAAAUGAUGUACAGCUCAAAUUUAACUCAUACAUAGGGGGGAAUUUGCACUCAAUUUUUCAUCUAAUUUGAGCACAAAUUCCCUGCUCCAAUCCCCGGUAGAACUCCCAUGUCCACCAUCCAAAUAGACGACUUAAUAAACCUUAAUCUCCUCAACUUAAUUCACCCUUAGACGAUACAACAGUGCAUGUUUAGAUAGUGAGUUGCUGUUGCAUCAUUUGAGCGAUAAGCUGUCGCUUUAAUGUCAUUCGCUAACUACGUUGACUUUCAUUCGUCCUUGUUUAGUUUCUCCAUUUGGCAGCGUUGGGUUUGCUCUUGCUUGGGACCAAUGGCUUGGCAUUGCAGGUCAAUGCCUAUGGUGGGGUUAUCACCAAUCUAACGAUUUUGUCCUCAUUAUCCCUGUGGUAGAAUCUGGUGUUCCAAGCACCUGUUUAAGAAUUUUUUUUAAGGUGUUAUUGUAUUUUCAUGAUAUAUGUAUUCCUUAAGC